AUGGCCGGCCCAACGGCCUCUGCGCCCCAGACGCUCCUCCAAGUCGUCCAAACCUGCGACAACUUCACCGUCGACCACAACGACCCCGCCGCAGAACCUCUCGUUCCAUGGCGCCUCGCCGCCGACCUUUCUUCUCCUGCCAUAGGGCUCCUCCGCCCUGCCAUCGUAGCCCAGCUCCGUGAAGAGAAUACACGCGCCAGCGACAGUCCGAGCUGGGAGUUUGCAGAGCACGCUGGACGCCUGUGCGUCGGAUUCGCCCCACACCUCAAGACGUCCCUCGCGCGCACACGCGUGAUGAAGGAGCUGUGCGAGCGCUGGCGCGACGAGGGACGAUGGGCAGAUGUCAUCGGCCCGCGCAAAUGGCGCGACGAAAUGUAUCCCGUGUUCCGCAACCCGUUCGGAGCGCACGACGCGCCCACCGCCGAGGCCCAGCUCGCCCAGCUGCUUGACCAGGACGACGCGGCGGACGAUGGGGGGAACUAUGCGUUCAUGAUGGAGCGCGCGGCGUGUGCGCUCUUUGGCGUCGUCACGUACGGCGUGCACAUGUCCGUCUACGAGGCGGACGAAGAUGCGCCCCGAUCGUGCAGGAUGUGGGUCCCCAUGCGUGCAAGGACAAAGCAGACCUGGCCGGGCUAUUUUGACAACUCGGUCGCUGGCGGCAUCCCGUCUGGCCUCGGCAUAUUCGAGAGCCUCGUCAAGGAGUCGAUGGAAGAGGCCAGCUUGGAGGAGGACAUCGUUCGAGAGCAUGCUCGCCCAGUAGGCACCAUCAGCUACUUCUACAGGCAUGUAUGCGCAACUCUCGUGAUCACAGCAGGUGCUGACGGACUCUGCAUACUAGGACUCCUGCGGGAUGGCUUCAACCGGAGAUAUGUAUUCGAUUUGCGCACACCCCCGGGAGCAGACAAAAGCCGGUUCAUCCCGAAGCCACUUGACGAUGAAGUUGAAUCGUUUGAGCUCCUUCCAUUGGAAGAAAUCGUCCAACGCAUUCGCCACGGCCUCUUCAAAGCUAACACUGCGCUUGUGAUUUUGGAUUUCAUGGUCCGCCAAGGGUACUUGACUCCCGACGAUGAGCCCGACUAUCACGAUAUCUUGACUCACAUGCACACUCGAUUUGAUUACGAAAUAUGGUGA